AUGAAGAUGACUUCUCUGGCAGCGCGGAUCCAGGUGCUUGGGCCAGUCAUCAAUGAAUUGAUGGCAAUCUCCAGCUGCACUGGCGCUUCCGUCGGGGUAAGUCACGAGGGAGAGACAAUAUAUAGCGCCGGCUUUGGCUAUCGUGACAGAGAGAAGAAGCUUGCCCCAGACGCCGACACGAUCUAUCAUGUGGCUUCAUUAUCGAAGAGCUUCACUGCCGCUGCCCUGGGUAUACUGGCCUACGAUAAAAAGCUCAAUCUAAACCAGCCCCUUCGAGAGAUACUGCCUACGUUCUCUCAGCAUAACACAACCGUCAACGCAGAGGCAACGACUUUGGACUUUCUGGCUCAUCGGACUGGGCUGGCUUCGAAACAGAGUUUAUGGGCUGAGGAUGGCCAAGAUCUCCUCGUCGACUUCUCAGAUGUCCUGCCUCUCGUUUCGUAUCUCGAGCCUGUCCACCCGUUCCGAUCGACGUUCCUCUACAACAACUUCGGUUAUGAUAUUGGGGCAGCUGUCAUUGAAGAAGUUUCUGGCAUGAAAUACGGCUCUUUCGUUCAUGAGAGUAUCCUCAAGCCACUGAAGCUGGACCGUACAACUGCAACCAUGGAUAUAGCUGCUGAAAAUUACGCUGAGGGAUAUUUCGCGGGCUUGGCUGGAGAAGAAACUCUCAUCGGUCGACCCCACAUUGCUUCAGGUACGGUGAUGGCUGGUGCAAACGCUGUCAAGACCUGCGUCAAUGAUCUUUUGAAGUACUACUUCGCCAUCAUUCAAGGUUGGAGGAGUGAAAAAGGAACAGCGAGUCCAGGACCCCCCAGAACACCGCUCAAGAAUGUUUUACAGUUGGUGACAGGCCACAUCCCCAUGGAGAACGACUCUAAGUACGAGCAAUCAUACGGUGCAGGAUGGGCGGUUGUAGAACUGCCAGCCCCAGUGGGUGCAAUUGGCAUCAACGGGAUGCUGGUUCCCGAGAUGCCUGUAGUUGGCAAGGGUGGGCAAAAAAAGAAAGUCUGGUACAACAAUGGAAGUCUUGUUGGCUUCUUCAGCUCAGUAUAUAUAGUACCUGACUCGGGAGUUAUCAUCGUUGUUCUCACGAACUCCUUUGCUACGAACGACUGUGCAGAUUGGAUCGGACAGCUCCUGCUUGAAGCUGCAAUUGACUGCCCCGAGAAGAACGACUACAUCGACUUGGCAAAAGAGAGCUCGGCCAAGUACGCAGCGCUGUGGGCGGAUAUGCCGAGGGAGCUUGCGAAAACAAGAACAUCGAACAGAAGCUUUCGACCUCUCACAGACUACGUCGGUAAAUACUACAAUGAAAUACACAACUUCUAUAUUCAGAUUGGAGUCUCAGAGAGAAAUGGCACCGAGCAGCUGUUCCUCAGCUUUCAAGGUCUCCCAAGUCAGACACAUUUCCUCGUACCUCACGCCGUCGAUGUCUUCAGCUGGCUGUUAUCAGAAGAAGAGAGCAGAAUGGUUGGCAGAUGGCCAGAUCUUGAUGUUUCAAUCUUCAUCCUUCAUUUUGCGGAAAGCGAGAAUGGUCAAGUUGGCAAGUUACGCUGGGUGCAUGAUUUGGAUGUACCAGAGGGGGAAUGGUUCAGUAUCAUUCCGGAAACGAUCAGUCCAGUGGGUUAUCAACAGCCAAUAGCUCUUGAUCCAGGCGGAAGGCUCUGA